AUAGCCACCCGUUCAUCGAAAUGUGUUCCCGGUUUGUGUGGACUCAUGAACUUAGGGAACACCUGUUUCAUGAACAGUGCGCUCCAAUGCCUGUCCAACACUCAACCAUUGACUGAGUUUCUGGUGAGCGACCAGUACUGGCAAGAGUUGAAUAUCGAUAACCCUUUGGGAAUGAGAGGAGAGAUUGCUAAGAGUUACGCCGAUCUCAUCAAAGCCAUGUGGAGCGGAUCCCACACAUGUCUGGCCCCGAGAGAGUUCAAGCUCUCUGUCGGCCGCUUCGCCCCUCAGUUCUCUGGGUUCUCUCAACAAGACUGUCAAGAGUUGAUGGCUUUCCUGUUGGACGGACUUCACGAGGACCUCAAUCGAGUCAAACAGAAGCCAUACAUCGAAGUGAAGACUGACGUCGAUCUAAGACCUGAUGAAGUGAUGGCCUCUGAGUCAUGGGAUAAUUACAAGAAGAGGAAUGACAGCAUAAUUGUGGACACAUUUCACGCUCUACUCAAGUCGACACUCGUCUGUCCGGAUUGUAAUCUUGUGAGCGUUACGUUUGACCCGUUCUGCUACCUGAGUCUACCCCUGCCUGUCAAGCGUGAGCGUCAGAUUGAUGUGACAUUUGUGCCGACAUUAACACCGAAUCAACAAAUAGACAACAAUAACGAAACUCAGGAACAGUUGAAAGCCAUCCAAAUUACAAGACUUAAUAUCCCAAAGUACGGAACCAUUGCUGACAUCUGUAACGCUGUGGCGAAGGCUGUCAAUGAGAGUUCAGUCCUCAAACAUAUGGUUGAUUCAGAGCGUCUUGUUGUGACCGACGUCUACAACCAUCGCUUCCAUAAGAUCUUUGGUCGUGAAGAGUCGUAUUCGACACAAAUGGAUGAGAUUGUGGUCUACGAGGUUCUUGAGAACAGUUCAUCAGUUGCCGUAUAUCUGCGUGAAGUGAAAGCCGACGAAACAACUGCUCUGUUUGGCCGUCCAUUCAUUAUAAGCGUUAGUGACUCUAAUUAUGACACUCUAUACGAGUCGGUGACCCAACAAUUGCGGCGAUUCAUGAAAAUCCCGUUGUCUGAGGAGGAGUCCGACUCGGAUGAGGGCGUCGCUGAGUGCGAGCGCACCGAUAGGUUUGCCCUCACUUUCGUCAACUCCUAUGGAUCGCUAGAUAUCGAGCGACUCGAGAGAACAAAACCAUUUGAAUUGAGUAACAGAAGCUUUUUAGCCGUAGAUCUGCCCACAAGAGUCAAGACUAAGUAUUACAACGAGUCUGAAGUGGAGAAUCCCUUCAAACUGCCGCUCCAGAAGCAAAGCGCCUCCACUACCAAAACAUGUUUACCUCUGUCUGAAUGCAUCUCUCAGUUCACGACGACUGAGCGUUUGGGUGCAGACGACCCCUGGUAUUGUCCCAAAUGCAAGAAACAUCAAAUGGCGUCCAAGAAGUUCGACUUGUGGUCUCUCCCAAAGAUUCUGAUCAUACACUUGAAGAGGUUCUCCUACUCGAGGGUUUAUCGCGACAAACUGGAUAUCCUGGUCGACUUUCCCCUCCAGUCCUUAGAUAUGGGCGAAUACUUACUCAAUAACCCCAACAAUGAAUCAAAAACAUAUGAUUUAAUAGCGGUGGCCAACCAUUACGGUGGGCUGGGAGGCGGCCAUUACACGGCGUACGCCAAGAACUAUCACACGGGAAGCUGGCAUUACUUCGACGACUCGAACGUGAGUGUGGCCUCCGAGGAGAACGUGGUGUCCAAAGCGGCGUAUGUCCUCUUCUACCAGCGCCGCGACGAUUAACAAACACGUCGUUUAAAUCAAUUAUAUUUGUCAACCAUUUUCGAGACAAUUAUUUAAUUUUAGUGUUUGCUCUUGAGUUGAAUGAUUCAAAAUUCUUAUCGCCGUCUCGCCGAAUCGCUUUUAUCAACAAAUUUUAUUUUAUAAAACAAUUAUAUACCGGAUUUACAUUUGUCUCAAUUUUAACCCAA